AUGGAGAACAAUGGGCAAGAUGAAAACCACCCGAAAGGCGACACCUUUACUGUCCCUUACCUCAUCAACUCUAGUGGGAUCUCCCCAACGCUGGCCAGGGAACUCUCCAACAAGGUCAAUUUGAAAACCCCAGAUGGCCCUGAUGCUGUUAUGGGUGUUCUCAACAACUACGGGUUCUCCAAAAUCCAGGUUGCAAAACUUGUGGAGAAACACCCCUUGGUGCUUGUUGCUAAGGCAGAGAACACCCUGUUGCCUAAACUCGAGUUCUUACGUUCUAUUGGAGUGUCCAACACUGACAUGCCUAAGAUCCUAAUUGCUAACUACACCAUCUUGUUAAGAAGCUUGGAAAAAUUCCUCAUUCCUCGUUUUGAGAUCCUCCGGUGUGUACUUCGUGGUGAUGGUGAAGUUGUUAGAGCAUUGAAAAAUACCCCAUUUGGUUUUACAUGUGGUGACACAGUGAAUGAUUUGGUUCCAAACAUUGAGCUUUUGAAGCAAUGUGGUGUGCCCCAAGCUUCUGUCUCUUACCUGAUGAUGCAUGCUGGCGUUCUAGCCUACUGGGAGCAUUCCAAAUUUGUGGAAACUGUCAACACUGCUAAGGAAUUUGGGUUUAAUCCUUUGAGAUUAAAUUUCAUUGUGGGUAUUGAAAUGCUUUUGACUAAGAGCAAAGCAACGUGGGAAUCAAGGUUUGAGAUUUAUGAGAGGUGGGGAUGGGACCGGGAAAUUGCUCUUCAAGCAUUUCGAAAGUUUCCCGGUGUUGUGAAGUUGUCAGAGGAGACGUUUACCAAGAAAAUGAGUUUCCUAGUCAAGGAGAUGGGUUAUUCUUCAAAAGGUAUUGCUGAAUAUCCUCUGGUUUUAGUGUACAACUUGGAGAAGAGGAUUAUCCCUAGAUUCUCGGUCAUCAAAAUCUUGAAAUCAAAAGGUCUUGUCGAGAAGAAUGUACAGUUUAGUCUCAUUGUUUGCAUAACUGAAGAAAUUUUUUUGGAGAGGUUCGCCGUCAAUUUUCAGAAAGUUUUGCCUCAGUUGGCACAUGUCUACAACAGUUUUAUCGACAAACAGACUGUCAUAUAG